UACCAUCUACUAAAAACACACAUUUCAGCUUUAGUUUGUGUUUACGGUAUUUGUUGGUAACUAAUGGCAGACAAUUUUAUGUAAUUUCGUUCUUUUUAUUGAAAAUCGCGAAAUAAAAAACACAUUCUUUUAUUGCAAUCGUAAAAUAAAAGAAGCAUUGAUGACAGUGAACAGUGGCGUUUAAAAUUGGGUGUCGCUUGUUAUAAAAUGAAAAGAAGUGAGUUUGCAGAUAUUUAGCGAUGUGUGUUUUAAUAAAAUUGAAUUGGUGGUGAUAUAUAAAAUUAAUGGUGUUUUUUAUGUUAUUGGUGAAGUUUGUAAAGCAUAGUUCGAAUCAUAGGGUCUACAAACGAGCCGACGGAUUCUACCAUGGUCGUAAAACGUGCUGCGGACAGUGCGGACUCACCGAUACUGGAGGAGGCAGGAGAGAGUGGCUCGGAACAGAAGCCAAAACCUCUCGUCAAAUAUGGCGAACUCGUGAUACUAGGGUACAAUGGAUAUCUACCAGCCGGCGAGCGAGGACGAAGAAGAAGCAAAUUCGUUCUGUACAGAAGGCCUCAAGCAAAUGGCGUGAGACGUUCGAAGCACUACGUUGUGAAAACUCCUCACAGCAGCAAAGCCAUACUCGAUGCCAGCCAACACUCCAUCUCGUACACCCUCAGCCGCAGUCAGGCGGUCAUCGUGGAAUACACCGAAGACCCUGACACGGAUAUGUUUCAGAUCGGUAGGUCAUCGGAGCCCCCGAUCGACUUCGUCGUGAUGGACACGGUGGCCGGCGACAAAACUGGCGACACGAAGGUCCUUCAGAGCACGAUAUCGCGGUUCGCGUGUCGCAUUAUCGCCGACAGGAACGAUGUAAACAACUGUCGCAUUUACGCAGCUGGCUUCGACUCUUCUAGAAAUAUUUUCCUAGGGGAGAAAGCAACGAAAUGGACAGAGAAUCACGAAAUAGACGGUUUGACAACUAACGGUGUACUAAUCAUGCACCCCCGCGGCGACUUCUGCGGCGGCAGUGCUACCUGCGGCCCGUGGCGCGAGACGUCCGUCGGAGGGGCUGUCUUCUCGCUGCGGGAGAGUCGCUCAGCACAACAAAAGGGCUUGCCGUGCCAGGCAGAAACAAAUGUACUCAGAGAUGGGACAAUGAUAGAUCUGUGUGGAGCCACAUUGUUGUGGAGGAGUGCCGAGGGACUGAAGAAUUCACCGACAAAACGCGAUUUAGAAGCUCUCGUGGACGAGUUGAACGCCGGCCGGCCUCAGUGCCCGGUCGGACUCAACACGCUCGUCAUUCCGCGGAAGCUGUCUACCGCGCACCAAGACCUCAACCAGCCCUACGUGUACCUCAACUGCGGACACGUGCAAGGGGAGCACUCGUGGGGUGCCGAGGGCAGCGAGACUGGGGUGCGGCGGUGCCCGAUGUGCCUGACGGCGGGCCCCGUGGUGCGCGUGUGCAUGGGCAUCGAGCCCGCCUUCUACGUGGACGCGGGACCGCCCACGUACGCCUUCAACCCGUGCGGACACAUGGCCUCCGAGAGAACCGUCAAGUACUGGGCCAACGUGGACAUCCCGCACGGGACCAACGGCUUCCACGCGAUCUGCCCGUUCUGCGCCGCACCGCUGCAGGGCUCGCCCGGAUACGUCAGACUCAUAUUCCAGGACAAUCUCGAUUGAGACUUGCUAAUGGUUCAAGCUCGAAUCAACCAUUGUAAAUAGAGGGGAUGCAUACUGUAAAAUCGUCUGUAAGAAAACGUAGCCUAUAGACGCUUUGGGCCGAGGUUACCUAUGCAGCUGAAGCGAUUCGAACGAAACUCGCUAUCGCUCAUGAAACAAGGCCUCGGCCAAAUCUCAGAACGAUUAUAUUACACGUUAUGAAUUAGGUUAUGACUUCCCUCAGUAGUUUGAGGAUGCUUUCAUGACUUCACGAUGAUGUACUGCGAACGUCGACGACGGAAUCUCACUAAACGUGGCUUUCGGUUAUACUAAAUCACUAAAAUAUUCAAUAGAUGGCGGUACUGUUUUAUAACAAACAAACAAAAAAAUUAUAAGCUCACAUUAUACUGAACCCGUCUCUCAACUAUUACAAAUAUUUUGAUCUCGAAAUGUUUUGAUGAAUUAGAAUUAAAAUGUUUGUUUUAAAACAGUACAACAUCGGUACGACAAAUCAAUGUUAUGUAUUUCGUUAAUUGAACAAAAUACAUUACGUUAGUUAUAUAACACCUAAAGCGAAUUAUUAACUCGACGAUUUAAUUUUUUAAACUGAUAAAAAUAAUAACUCUCAAUAAAUAUCAACAUAUAUACAUAUUGUAUGUACUGGACAGAAUUAAAUUAUAACUAAUACCUUGAAGAUGUAAGAAGCAAACUAUGAUUUAAUAGGCAAAUAUUUUAAAUUGCCGUUUUAUUAAUGGGUUCGUGUUGAUGAAUGAAGCCUCGCUUGGUGAUUUUGAGGUAGGAAAUGAAAUUGUUUAAAUUCAAUCACACAUUGUUUCCUGAAUAAUUUUAUGGUUGUAAAAAAAAAAACGAUAUCUAAAAUAAAGGUGUCCGAAAUUAUAAUGGUCUCCUAAAGUCUAAAGAAAAUGUUAAAAAUUAAUUGAACGCAUAAAAUAUGUACACCGUUUUUUAUGUAUGCAAUGAGCAGAUGUAAUGCGUAUUUUUUUGUCUUUUGGAAUGUUGAAAGUUAUACAUGUAAAUAUUUAAUAAUAAUCAUAAAAAAAAAACAAAUACUUUUAGCUAAUAUAUUAUUUAUAUCGGUAUUUCUGUGGCGGUUUCGAACGCUUUCUAGAAACAGAGAGCCUUUGUAGUUUGUAAGUGAAGCGUUAUUAUUAUGUAUUGAUGUGUGUGAGUUUUGUGUGAUAAAGUUGCAUCGUACACACAUUCACAUAUUAUUAUGAUGUGCAUAGCUUGAAGAUUCAUUCUUAACUUUAUUUCGGCACAUUUGUUUUUAAUGGUCUGUUUGUCUUCUACAAGUGAACACGAGGCUUAAAAAGAGUUGGAUUUUUUUAUGAAUUUGAUAUUUAAUUUCGGUAUCUUACGAGCCGAUUUAUUUACUGCACAAAAAUAAUAAACUUUUUUUUUCGUAGUACUGUUAACAAUAUUUGCACGUUAAUCUGAGUGCUCACACCUAAUGAAUUAGCCGGGAAAGACAUAUAUAUAUAUAAAUGUUUUAAUUCAGUCAUUUUAUUGUAGUUACACAUCUAAGCAAGUAAUAAAAAUGGUAUUACCCUGUAUCACAUAUUCCUAAGUCAUAGUACAAAAAAUAUGUUUAUGUAAGUUUGUUUAUGUACUGACUUAAUAGUAAGAACGAAUCGAAUAAUGGUCGUGAUAAGAAUAGUUUUUUUUAAAUAUUUGUUCUAUAAAAUUGCACUCAAAUUUCAAUUGCAGAACUAUUUCAACAAGUGGCUGA